CUCCGGCCGCCCAGUCCAGUGCUCACUGAGCCCAUGGCCCCAGACGCCGGGCGCUGGUCGCGGGUUCUGUGGAGGGCGUGCAAUGGGCUGAUGGCCGCCUUCUUCACGCUGGCGGCCGUGGUGCAGGUAAAUGACCCCGAUGCAGAACUCUGGAUGGUUGUGUAUAUGAUUCCUGCUGGGCUGACUUUGCUCGUUGGACUUGACCCUCUUGUCACAGGUAACUUUAUUUGGAAGAGUGUCUCAGCAGUACACAUCUUCCUUUGCACGGCGUGGGCUGUCUGCUUGGCACACUACCUGGUGCUUCACACACAGUGGAACGUCCUACACGAGGAGGAAGGCAGGGAGCUGACUGGCCUGGUGAUUACUGCAGCAUGGAUGAGUCUGUGCCACAGUUCAUCAAAGCAUCCAGUCGGUGGAAGAAUUCAGCUGGCUGUGGCCAUCAUAAUCGCCCUUUUCCCAUUUUUUGCCUGGGUCUACAUAUAUGUUAACAAGGAGAUGCGCUCCUCCUGGCCAACUCACUGCAAGACAGUAAUUUAA